GGAAGAAUCUAUUCUAUGUCCCCAUAAAACAACUCAAAGUCUUUUUCAUCAUGGAACUAAGAAUAAAGAAUCUUCUUCCUUCAGAUCAAAAUUUGAAUCAUCUUUGGACAAAGGCUAAGAAUCUGAAGUCUAUUUUUGUAAUGCCCAUGGCCAUCAAACCCCACAUCUUUCUACAAAAGGAACUCUAUUUUCUUUCUGCUUUCGCCCCUCCUCACAAAUGACCUCUUUUUCCUCUUUCUUCUGCUUCUUUUUUCCCUUCUGUGCCAUUUUGCUAAAUGCAGUGGAUGCAACUUGGACUUAUGGAGUGAAUUAUGGAAGAAUAGCUGAUAAUUUACCACCACCUGAAAGUGUGGUGACACUUCUGAAAGCUGCAAAGAUAAAGAACAUCAGAAUCUAUGAUGCUGAUCAUGGAGUCCUCACCGCCUUCAAAGGUUCUGGUAUCGAGAUUGUGGUUGGUCUUGGCAAUGAAUAUCUCAAGGACAUAAGCGUCGCGGAGGAUCGCGCCAUGAACUGGAUUAAAGAGAAUGUUCAGCCAUUCCUCCCCGACACUCAUAUACGAGGGAUUGCGGUUGGGAACGAGGUGUUGGGGAGCGGCGACCCCGAGCUGUGGGAGGUUCUUGUGCCUGCAGUUAAAAAUGUUUACAAUGCUCUCUAUAGGCUUCAAUUGACAGCCAUUGUGCAAGUUUCAAGUCCGCAUUCAGAAGMUGUUUUUGCAAACUCAUUUCCACCUUCAUCCUGCACUUUUAGGGAAGAUGUUGUGCCAUUUAUGAAGCCUCUUUUGCAGUUCUUCUCCCAAAUUGGCUCUCCUUUCUUCAUUAAUGCAUAUCCAUUCUUGGCUUACAAGAAUGAUCCUGAACAUAUUGACAUCAACUAUGCCCUCUUCAAGAAGAACAAGGGGAUCUUCGAUGCAAAAACCAACCUGCAUUACGAUAACAUGUUCGAGGCUCAAGUUGAUGCGGCUUAUGCUGCACUCGAAAAGGCCGGGUUUGCGAAGAUGCCAGUCAUCGUCUCAGAGACUGGCUGGGCAUCUCAUGGGGAUGAGAACGAAGCUGGUGCUAAUUUGAAAAAUGCAAGAACAUACAAUCGAAAUCUACGAAAGAAGUUGAUGAAGAAGAAGGGAACUCCCUACCGGCCGAAAACCGUGGUGAAGGCUUACAUUUUUGCUCUGUUCAACGAGAACUCGAAGCCGGGGCCGACGUCGGAAAGAAACUUCGGGCUGUUCAGGGCGGAUGGCAGCAUUUCAUACGAUAUCGGCUUCACGGGGCUCAAACCUUCCUCUGCAGGACCCUCAUCUCUUCUCUCUUUCAAGAAACUUGGAUUUGGAAGCUGGUUUGGCUCAACCUGUGCUGCUGUGCUGCUGCUGAUUCUUGCAUCUUAGAAAAAAACUACACAAGACAUUACAAAGCAGCUCAAGAUCAAGCAGUUUGCAAAAACUUACAAUUACAAUUCAUCUUCAAUUCUUUGAGUUAACUGUAAUUAUAUGAAUUUUUAAAACACCAACUGAUUGAUUUUUUUUUUCAACACAACAUUUCAUCAAUGUAACAAAUCCCAUUCUUUAAUACUCUGUCUCUGUUGUUCCAUUUCCAAUCAAGGCUUUGUUUGCUGAUACUCAAAUCAUAUUCCACACCCUUUUUUUUCCCAUUCAUUUCAGGCUGUAAAAAUGGUAACAUAUACACAUUUGUCAACAUCAAAUCUAAAAAGAAAAAAAGUAAGAACUAUAAACAAAGACAUAAAAUUCCCAUCAAACAGGUGGGAAAGAGGAGCCAACACCUCAAACAAAAAUGUCGAAACACAAAUCCCUUGAGACUUAUUCAAUUUCAGUCACUGAAUUUUGAAAUGUACAAAAUUUUGUUCUCGUACAAGGAGCCUGGUUAAAAAUGCAGUGGAGGUAUACCAUGUAUGUUCAAAGUAUAUGGGUUUCACUUUCUCCGAGAGGAACUGAAUCUGGACAUUUUAAAUUAAGUGAACAAAAUAUAUAUUUUAUCUCGAAAAAAAGCUGUAAAAUCAAUCAAGGGUGGGAUCUAGUUCAGCGGCAGAAUCUAGCCCAUCAUCACCGUUGAUGCGAUCAAGAACAAGCACCAAAGCCAUGGCGAAAGCUCCAUCAAAACCAGGCUUGAGAGAGAGAGAGAAAACGUCUUUUCCAAGCAUGACAUUGGUGGAAGCAUCCACUUUCCUCCUAAUCUCCGCCACCGGCUCUUUCCCGGCGUUCAAAACCGUGCAGUAGCGUUGCCCAAAACACCCCUCUCUCCCGGAGAUACCCUUCCCACCGUUGAUGCAGACUCGGCCUCUGUUUCGCAGAAACAGAGCAAAACCAAAAACAGAGUUAAAAACAAACACUCAAUGAAACAAGAACAGAAAUUAAUUUGAACAAAUAGGCAGAACCCAGUUGAAUUGAAGGAAAAA